GGGACCCCGGAGUCCCGGAGCCCCGACCCGCGGCGAGCGGGCGGCUGCGCCCCGGCGGCGCGGCCAGCCUCCUAUUUCUCCUGCCUUCUCCCACCUCCCCGGAGGGACCAAUGAUGCCCACCAUGGUCAACGUGGACGCUCUUCCAGAAUACGAGAAGAGUCAGAUCAAGAGAGCCCUGGAGCUGGGGACAGUGAUGACCGUGUUCAGCUUCCGCAAGUCCACUCCUGAGCGGAGGACGGUGCAGGUGAUCAUGGAGACGCGGCAGGUGGCCUGGAGCAAGACUGCCGACAAAAUCGAGGGCUUCUUGGACAUCAUGGAGAUCAAGGAGAUCCGCCCGGGGAAAAACUCCAAGGAUUUCGAGCGUGCGAAAGCGGUCCGCCAGAAGGAAGACUGCUGCUUCACCAUCCUGUACGGCACUCAGUUUGUCCUCAGCACACUCAGUUUGGCAGCUGACUCUAGGGAGGACGCCAUGAAGUGGCUCUCUGGCUUGAAGAUCUUGCACCAAGAAGCGAUGAGUGCGUCCACCCCCACCAUCAUCGAGAGUUGGCUGAGGAAACAGAUUUAUUCUGUAGAUCAAACCAGAAGAAACAGCAUCAGCCUCCGAGAGUUGAAGGCCAUCUUACCCCUGGUCAACUUCAAAGUAAGCGGUGCCAAGUUCCUCAAAGAUAAGCUUGCGGAAAUUGGUGCACAUAAAGAUGAACUCAGCUUUGAACAGUUCCACCUCUUCUAUAAAAAACUUAUGUUUGAGCAGCAGAAAUCGAUUCUUGACGAAUUCAAGAAGGACUCUGCGGUGUUCAUCCUGGGCAACACGGAUCGGCCGGAUGCCUCUGCCGUCUACCUGCAGGACUUCCAGAGGUUUCUCUUACAUGAGCAGCAGGAGCUGUGGGCUCAGGAUCUGAACAAGGUCCGGGAGCGGAUGACCAAGUUCAUCGACGACACAGUGAGGGAAACUGCCGAACCCUUCUUGUUUGUGGAUGAGUUCCUCACGUACCUGUUUUCACGAGAAAACAGCAUCUGGGACGAGAAGUACGAUGUGGUGGACAUGCAGGACAUGAAUAACCCCUUGUCGCACUACUGGAUCUCCUCUUCCCACAACACGUACCUCACAGGUGACCAGCUGCGCAGCGAGUCGUCCCCGGAAGCGUACAUUCGCUGCCUGCGCAUGGGCUGCCGCUGCAUCGAACUGGACUGCUGGGACGGGCCCGACGGGAAGCCCAUCAUCUACCACGGCUGGACGCGGACCACCAAGAUCAAGUUUGAUGACGUCGUCCAGGCCAUCAAAGACCACGCCUUCGUUGCCUCCAGCUUCCCUUUGAUCCUGUCCAUCGAGGAGCACUGCUGCGUGGAGCAGCAGCGCCACAUGGCCAAGGUCUUCAAGGAGGUGUUUGGCGACCAGCUGCUGACAAAGCCCACGGAGGCCAGUGCCGACCAGCUGCCGUCGCCCAGCCAGCUGCGGGAGAAGAUCAUCAUCAAGCAUAAGAAGCUGGGCCCUCGAGGUGACGUUGAUGUCAAUGUGGAGGACAAGAAAGAAGAGCGCAAGCAGCAGGGUGAACUGUACAUGUGGGAUUCCAUCGACCAGAAAUGGACUCGGCACUACUGCGCCAUUGCCGAUGCCAAGCUGUCCUUCAGUGACGACAUUGAACAGACUGUGGAGGAUGAACUGCCCCAGGACACGCCCCCCACGGAGCUGCACUUUGGGGAGAAAUGGUUCCACAAGAAGGUGGAGAGAAGGACGAGCGCCGAGAAGCUGCUGCAGGAGUACUGCGCCGAGAGCGGCGGCAAGGACGGCACCUUCCUGGUGCGCGAGAGCGAGACCUUCCCCAACGACUACACCCUGUCCUUCUGGCGGUCGGGCCGCGUGCAGCACUGCCGGAUCCGCUCCACCACCGAGGGCGGGGUCCUCAAGUACUACCUGACCGACAACCUCACCUUCGACAGCAUCUACGCGCUCGUCCAGCACUACCGCGAGUCGCACCUGCGCUGCGCCGAGUUCGAGCUGCGGCUCACCGACCCCGUGCCCAACCCCAACCCGCACGAGUCCAAGCCCUGGUACUAUGACAGGCUGAGCCGUGGAGAAGCAGAGGACAUGCUGAUGAGGAUUCCCCGUGACGGAGCCUUCCUCAUCCGGAGACGGCGGGAGGGGACCGACUCCUAUGCCAUCACCUUCAGGGCCAGGGGCAAGGUGAAGCACUGUCGCAUCAACCGGGACGGCCGGCACUUUGUGCUGGGGACCUCUGCCUACUUCGAGAGCCUCGUGGAACUUGUCAAUUACUAUGAGAAGCACGCGCUGUACCGGAAGAUGCGCCUGCGCUACCCUGUGACCCCUGAGCUGCUGGAGCGCUACAACAUGGAAAGAGAUAUAAACUCCCUCUACGAUGUCAGCAGGAUGUACGUGGACCCAAGUGAAAUCAACCCUUCUAUGCCUCAGAGAACCGUGAAAGCUCUGUACGACUACAAAGCCAAGCGAAGUGACGAGCUGAGCUUCUGCCGUGGGGCCCUCAUCCACAACGUCUCCAAGGAGCCCGGGGGCUGGUGGAAGGGAGACUAUGGCACCAGAAUCCAGCAGUACUUCCCAUCCAACUACGUCGAGGACAUUUCAACAGUUGAUGUUGAGGAACUGGAAAAGCAGAUUAUUGAAGACAAUCCCUUAGGGUCUCUUUGCAGAGGAAUCUUGGACCUCAAUACCUACAAUGUUGUGAAAGCCCCCCAGGGGAAAAACCAGAAGUCUUUUGUCUUCAUCCUGGAGCCCAAGAAGCAGGGUGAUCCUCCUGUGGAGUUUGCCACGGACAGGGUGGAGGAGCUUUUUGAGUGGUUUCAGAGCAUCCGAGAGAUCACCUGGAAGAUCGACACCAAGGAGAACAACAUGAAGUACUGGGAGAAGAACCAGUCCAUCGCCAUCGAGCUCUCGGACCUGGUCGUCUACUGCAAGCCCACCAGCAAGACCAAGGACAACUUGGAAAACCCCGAUUUCCGGGAAAUCCGCUCUUUCGUGGAGACGAAGGCCGACAGCAUCGUCAGACAGAAGCCCCUUGAUCUCCUGAGGUAUAACCAAAAGGGCCUGACCCGCGUCUACCCAAAGGGACAGAGAGUUGACUCUUCAAACUAUGAUCCCUUCCGCCUGUGGCUGUGUGGCUCCCAGAUGGUGGCACUCAACUUCCAGACCCCAGACAAGUACAUGCAGAUGAACCACGCGCUGUUCUCGCUCAACGGGCGGACGGGCUACGUCCUACAGCCGGAGAGCAUGCGGACAGAGAAGUACGACCCGAUGCCACCAGAGUCGCAGAGGAAGAUCCUGAUGACUCUCACUGUCAAGGUUCUUGGUGCCCGCCAUCUCCCCAAGCUUGGGCGCAGCAUCGCUUGUCCCUUCGUAGAGGUGGAAGUCUGUGGAGCCGAGUAUGACAACAGCAAGUUUAAGACGACGGUCGUGAAUGACAAUGGCCUCAGCCCUGUCUGGGCUGCAUCGCAGGAGAAGGUGACAUUUGAAAUUUAUGACCCAAACCUUGCAUUCCUGCGCUUUGUGGUUUAUGAGGAAGACAUGUUCAGCGACCCCAACUUCCUGGCUCAUGCCACGUACCCCAUUAAAGGCAUCAAAUCAGGGUUUAGAUCUGUACCUCUGAAGAAUGGGCACAGCGAGGACAUCGAGCUGGCUUCCCUCCUGGUUUUCUGUGAGAUGCGGCCCGUCCUGGAGAGUGAAGAGGAACUUUACUCCUCCUGUCGCCAGCUGCGGAGGCGGCAAGAAGAGCUGAACAACCAGCUCUUUCUGUACGACACGCACCAGAACUUGCGCAGUGCCAACCGUGAUGCCCUCAUCAAGGAGUUCAAUGUCAAUGAGAACCAGCUCCAACUGUACCAGGAGAAGUGCAACCGGAGGUUGAGAGAGAAGAGAGUCAGUAACAGCAAGUUUUACUCCUAGAUGUGAGUGUACGUGUGGGGGUAUCUGUGUGUGCAUGUAGGAAAACGUGCUGUUUGGUUCCUGGGAAGAGGCUAAUCUGUGACAUUGUCCCGUCUCCAAGUCUGCCUUCAAGAUGACGUUUCUGAAGAAGCCCUAGCUGGCAUGAGUUGGGGUGAUUUCCUGCUAAUUUUUCCUCACUAGGACAACUUUUUUUUUUAACUUAUAUUCUCUAUAGAGAAUUGCCCAAAUGUGCUCAUUUUUGGUGUCUUAUAUUCCAAACCUCAUUGAAUAAAAGCAACAAAAAAUCUUGGUCA